AUGGCAACCUACCCCUAUCGCCCCUUAAGUCUCCCCAGAGAAACUCGCAUCCUCACCGUCCAGCCCGGCAACUUCGAUGACAAAAUAAUCUGUAGCAUUUCACAUCUUAACCUCGACUCACCAGACGCGUCUUACGAGGCUCUAAGUUAUUGUUGGAGCAAGAGUCUCGACGCCGUCAAAGAAAUCGACCCAGAGUGUGAUAUCCCCUGGGCCAUUCACGGCCAGGACGACGACGGCAAUACAAUUUCCGAGUCCGGCACGUCCAAAUGGAAGGACCUCUGCGACCACCCCUUCUACGGAGAGCAGUACAUACGUCUGGGUGGCCGCAUGCCUGACGCCCCCAUCGCAUGUGACGGCGUAGAGAUCGUCGUCGGCGGGGAACUAUUCCGCGCGCUGCGUAGAAUGCGAAGCCAAGAGGGCGGGGAGCCGCUUCGAAUCUGGGUUGAUGCGCUGUGCAUCAAUCAGCAAGAUCUUAAGGAGCGGAACGAGCAUGUCAAAGUCAUGGGACGGGUGUAUGCUGGCGCCAUGAGAACGCGAGUGUGGUUGGGUGAGUCGACGGAAAUGGAUUUUCACGCAGUCCGUACGCUGCAUGCGAUCUCGCAAAUAUUUGACGAUAUUUUUGUUCAUCGCAAGGUUGUUGAUUUGGUGAGCGCGACGAUGCAUGAAAUCCAAUGGCACUUUCACAACAAUGCGGAUACAAGUCGGCUUGAAUGGGGGCUCUUGGCUGAAUUGCUCAACCGCUCAUGGUUUAAACGUACCUGGAUUAUUCAAGAAGUCGUCAACUCCCGCGAGGUUACAGUCCAUCUUGGAGCAAUCCAGAUCCCCUGGCACUUCAUCGCAAUUGUCAUCCUCACUCUGUCAGAAUUCAAACUACAAACCAUGAUUAGCGAAUGCAAAGGUUUCAAAGCUAUUGGCUUCAUGGAACAGCUCCGGAAGGAACGUGUCGACGAAGCGGCGACAUGCACCAGCACCCCACUGCUUACUUUGCUGGAAGAGUUGAGAGAUUUCCAAGCUACAAUCCCUAGUGACAAGAUUUACGGCGUGCUUGGGCUCAUCGAUGAGAAGGGGGCCUAUGUUGUCGACUACGCUCAGACUCCCGAACAGGUGUUCACUGACUUUGCGAUCAAGAACAUCAGGGGUGGGUCGCUGGAUAUCCUCACACAUUGCGUUGACUCAUCGAAGCCCACGACUUUGAAGCUUCCGUCUUGGGUGCCUGACUGGACUCGCCCUGGCUGGACUGAGCCGCUUCGCAUUCGUGGGCUAGAGGCCUCCGCUGCUGGUGAUAGAAAGCCGAGCCUACAUAUCGAUGAGGAUGCGGGCGUCCUGCGUAUCAAGGGCAGAAUCGUCGAUGUGGUGGCCCAGGUGGAAUAUAAGCGGCAAAUACCUGUGCCAAAUCAGCAGGGCCCGAUGGGAGGCAUUGGCGAAAACAAUGAAGUUGACAAGGGCAAGGUAGAACACGAAGCUGGACCUAUCGACUCAAAUGCGAUCAAAAUGGCAAAGUAUGGCGGCGCCAUCCUCAAACACGAAAGGGAAAACGAGAAGGAGGGCGUGGAAGGUAGCAUGGCUGAGAACGAUCCCGAGAGACCCGAGAGCCCCAUCAAUGACGCCGAAUACAGGCUCAAUGAGACAAUGGAAAAGAUGGUCAAACAUUCAGAGGAAUGGUACCGCAGCGUAAUUGACGUCGCUUUCCCAGACAAGACGGCUACCCCGGAAACGUGGGAGAACCUCUGGCGGGCCUUCAUGUGCAAUCGCACGCGGGACAAAAACGAGAGACCUGGCGAGGAUUGCGCGAUUGGUUUCGAGGUACACUACAAGACCGCCUUGGAACCGGGUAAGGGACUCGCUCGGGUUCUGCAGGAGCGGACGGACCACGAGAUCGAGUCUCACGGGUUGGCGCCGCAGGAUGGGGUGGCGCAUUACAUGAAGGAGAAGGAGGCUGCAGAGACGUUUAUCGGAGCGCAUACAAAGUGGACUUACAAUCGAAGAUUCUUUCGCUCGGAGGAGGGCAGGUUCGGUUGGGCUAUUGAUGGGGUAAGAGAGGGCGACUUGGUUGUUGUGCUAUAUGGGUGUGACUAUCCCAUAAUUGUCCGUGAAGACGAGCAGAAGAAAGCGCGAAUCAUUGGCGAUUGUUAUAUCCAUGGGCUGAUGGAUGGCGAGGCUAUGAAGGAGAAUCUUGCGUUUGCGGAAACCGACUUUGAGAUUAUGUAG